CACAAACAUCAAACAUUCUCAACCUACCCCCAAAAAAUACAACACACCCAUUUCCUUAUAUACCAACCUCAAUAUGGCCCGUUAUUCCAAACAGCUUGUUACCCUUUUCCUAUUAUGGGCUCUUUUGAUGCUCACAUGGUGCGAAGCUUCGAGAAUUAGCGUUAAGGGAUAUGACCAUUCUUAUAAAAAUAGCUUAAUCAAGCGAAGAGACGACAUUACGGGCUUGAAAAGCUUCGUAAGAGCUUCUUUACGAACUCCAACGACCGUUAGUGUUUCUGAAUUUGGAGCUAAAGGAGAUGGAGAAACCGAUGAUACACAGGCGUUCGUGAAUGCGUGGAAGAAAGCAUGCUCUUCAAAUGGAGCUGUUAAUCUACUAGUUCCUAAAGGGAGCACUUAUCUCCUUAAGUCUAUUCAGUUUACGGGUCCAUGCAAAUCUAUUCUUACCGUUCAGAUAUUUGGAACGUUAUCAGCAUCUCAAAAACGAUCGGAUUACAAAGAUAUCAGCAAAUGGAUAACGUUUGACAACGUUAACGAUCUAUCUGUUGAGGGCGACGCCACCGGGACUGUUGACGGAAAUGGCGAAACGUGGUGGGAGAACUCAUGCAAACGGAACAAAGCUAAGCCAUGCACAAAAGCCCCCACGGCUCUUACUUUCUACAACUCGAAGAACUUGAGAGUGAAUAAUCUGAGGGUGAGAAAUGCGCAGCAGAUUCAGAUAUCGAUUGAGAAAUGCUCCAACGUUCAGGUCUCUAAUGUGGUGGUAACUGCACCAGCGGAUAGUCCUAACACUGAUGGUAUUCAUAUCACAAACACCCAAAACAUUAGAGUCUCCAAAUCCAUCAUUGGAACAGGCGAUGAUUGUAUAUCUAUUGAAAGUGGAUCACAAAAUGUUCAAAUCAAUGAUAUAACUUGCGGUCCUGGUCACGGCAUCAGCAUUGGAAGCUUGGGAGAUGACAACACAAAGGCAUUUGUAUCAGGCGUUACAGUGGAUGGUGCUAAGCUUUCCGGCACGGACAAUGGAGUUAGAAUCAAAACUUACCAGGGAGGAUCAGGAACUGCUAGCAACAUUGUCUUUCAGAACAUAGAGAUGGAGAAUGUGAAGAAUCCGAUCAUAAUCGACCAAGAAUAUUGUGACAAGAGCAAAUGCACUUCGCAGAAAUCUGCGGUCCAAGUGAAGAACGUGGUGUACCGGAACAUAAGCGGCACAAGCGCGUCGGACAUGGCAAUAACAUUUAAUUGCAGCAAGAACUAUCCAUGCCAAGGCAUUGUGCUUGACAAAGUGAACAUUAAGGGAGGGAAAGCAACUUGCAGCAAUGCUAAUAUCAUUGAUAAAGGAGCUGUUUUGCCUCAAUGCAACUCCAUUUAAUUUAUAUUAGAUCCAUCAAACACAUAUAUAGAUUACAAAAGUAUACAAAAAUAUGAUAUAUAGAUACUUGUGGAUAUAUACAUAAACAAUGAUUUGAAAAGAUAUUGUUUA